AUGAGGGAAAUUGUGCAUUUGCAAGCUGGUCAAUGCGGCAACCAAAUAGGAUCAAAGUUCUGGGAGAUAAUCUCAGAUGAACACGGCAUAGACCCGACGGGAAAAUAUCACGGAGACAGCGAACUGCAAUUAGAAAGGAUACAAGUCUAUUACAAUGAGGCCGCUGAUGGAAGCCGUUUCGUACCCAGAGCGGUUCUGGUCGAUUUGGAACCAGGUACAAUGGACGCCAUCAGGUCUUCAAGUUUCGGAGCGCUGUUUAGACCAGAUAAUUUCGUCUUCGGACAGAGCGGCGCUGGAAACAAUUGGGCCAAAGGACACUACACAGAGGGUGCGGAGUUAGUUGAAUCCGUAAUGGACGUGGUCAGGAAGGAGGCGGAACCGUGCGAUUGUCUUCAAGGUUUUCAACUGACUCACUCCCUGGGAGGUGGAACCGGUUCAGGUCUUGGAACUCUUCUCCUUAGCAAGUUGCGAGAGGAAUAUCCCGACAGGAUCGUCAACACAUUUAGCGUUAUGCCGUCUCCAAAGGUAUCGGACACAGUGGUGGAGCCCUACAACGCGACGUUAUCAGUCCAUCAACUCGUGGAGAACACAGAUGAAACGUUUUGCAUAGACAACGAAGCAUUGUACGACAUUUGCUUCAGAACGCUACGCCUCGCGUCGCCCACAUAUGGAGAUCUAAAUCAUUUGGUGUCGUUGACGAUGUCCGGAGUGACUACAUGUCUGCGUUUUCCGGGACAGUUGAAUGCGGAUUUGAGAAAACUAGCGGUCAAUAUGGUGCCGUUUCCGAGGUUACACUUCUUUAUGCCUGGUUUUGCUCCGCUAACGGCACGCAACAGUCAGGGCUACCGCGCUUUAACAGUUCCGGAAUUGACGACACAGAUGUUCAGUCCAGUAAAUAUGAUGGCUGCGUGUGACCCUCGCCACGGUCGCUACUUAACAGUGGCGGCCAUUUUUCGCGGAAGAAUGUCCAUGAAGGAAGUUGACGAACAAAUGCUAGCGAUACAAGACAAAAAUUCCGGUUACUUCGUCGAAUGGAUUCCAAAUAACGUCAAAGUAGCCGUUUGCGACGUACCACCAAGAGGAUUAAAGAUGGCGGCGACAUUCGUCGGAAAUUCUACCGCCAUUCAAGAGAUUUUCAAAAGAAUCUCCGAACAAUUCACCGUCAUGUUUAGAAGAAAGGCGUUCCUGCAUUGGUACACCGGUGAAGGCAUGGAUGAAAUGGAAUUCACUGAAGCAGAGAGCAAUAUGAACGACCUGAUUUCCGAGUACCAACAGUACGAGAUUAACUAUCUUUUUGUUUCUCGAAAUCCCCAAUCCAGCAAAGGACAUCACUAUGAUGUGAGUCGUGGUAACAAGCUGACAGGGGACAUGCUGAGUAGCCUAUUAUUAUUGCCUGUCUAUCUCUCACUAAUCCAUAACCCCAAACAGAGACAAAUUAGUACAAUCACUCUAAGACUGAUACCUCCAUAA